UUUCAUCAAGUUGAAGAAACCGGUAUUGACCAUCGAAAAUCAAAACAAGAGAAGAAAAAAGAAGAUAAAAAAGAUGAGUUGGAAAACGGUGAAAAAAUAGAUGAAAAUCAUUAUAAGAAAAAGUUGAUAGAAAUGAUAGAAAAACUUAAAAAUGAGGCAGUUAAGAAAGGAAAUCAAGACAAGUUUAAUGAAACAGCAAUGCCAUUUAUUCAAACUAUAACAGAUACAGGCAAAAUGCAAAAAUGUUUUAACACAGUUAUAGAAAUAAAAAAGUUUGAUAAAGAAAUUCUCCAAUUCUUUAAAAAUGCUCCAAUGUUUGAAAAUUUUGUAAAAUAUUUCUACACACGUUCUGAAAACAUAAAGAAGAUAAAAAAGACGUCAAAAACACUUAAGAAAAAUUUUGCGGUUUGUUUAUAUGUAAUUAAGAAGGUGAAAACAUUUGAAAAGAGGGGUUUUAAGGAAUAUUAAAAGAUAAAGAGGAAGCAACGUUCCCAGUUUUACAGUCGGCUGAGCAUUUAUACGUUGUCUUUUGCCGAAAUGGCUUAUUAACUUAGUUGAUCUAUUUAUUACAAAAUUUGAGAAUCUUAGUAGGGCAAGAAGCCGAGUUAUUUU